UUUAAGCUUCUCUGUACAGGUUCCGGUUAAUCCUCACUCCUGAGAAAAUCUGAACGUAAUGGUGAAAACCUCAAAUGACUUGAUGAAAAUUGUAUGAAUGGAAACAUGCUCAGACUGUUGAGAAACAUUUGUCCAAGAUCAAGAGUGGUAAAAAAUAGAGCAUUUUCCUCAAGUGUCAUUGAAAUAUCAGAUGAGGUACAAAACACAUUGCAUCAUGGGAAACCCGUCGUUGCCUUGGAAUCAACUAUUGUCACCCAUGGCAUGCCACAUCCAAAUAAUCUAGAGACAGCCCUAUCUGUGGAGAAGAUAAUCAGGGAUAAUGGAGUAGUCCCUGCCACCAUAGGGAUUCUGAAGGGCAAGGUCAAAGUGGGGUUGACAAACACGGAGAUGGAAUACCUAGCGGAUCCUGCCACAUCAGUCAUAAAGACCUCACGGAGGGAUUUCCCAGGGGUCCUCAGCUUGAAACUGAAUGGUGGCACCACUGUAAGUGGUACCAUGGUGGUGGCAAACCUGGUGGGGAUCCAGAUCUUUGUGACCGGUGGCAUUGGAGGGGUUCACUACGGGGUACAGGAAACCAUGGAUGUGAGUGCUGACUUGACAGAACUCGGUAGAACUCCGGUCACUGUGAUCUCAUCCGGAGUGAAGUCCAUCCUGGACAUCCGGAAAACACUGGAAUAUCUGGAAACUGAGGGUGUUGCCGUGGCAACUUAUGGGACAUCCCAGGAAUUCCCAGCAUUCUUUACACCACAUAGUGGUUUCAAAGUCCCAUAUAAUGUGACAAAUCCUACCCAGGCUGCUCACUUUAUAGAGGCUCAUAGAGCCAUGAACCUACAGUCAGGUAUUCUGAUUGGGGUACCCAUUCCUGAAUCUGAGGGAGCAUCUGCAGGGGAGACAAUUCAGCAAGCUAUAGAAUCAGCUCUCUUACAGGCCAAGGAACAGAAUAUUUCUGGGAAGGACGUGACUCCAUUUAUUUUAGACAGAGUUAAUGCAAUCACAGGAGGAGCAUCCCUUCAAGCCAAUAUCAGCCUUAUUAAAAACAAUGCUAUGGUGGGGAGUCAGAUAGCCUACAAAUUGUCCAAACUCAUCAAAUCCAAGAAAAGCCAAUCCCAUGCUGCCACAGUCACAAAACACAGUCACAAAGAAAAAGCGGAUGUGGUAGUGAUAGGUGGAUCCAUUGUAGAUUUUUAUGCUAGAGUCAACUCGGAUAAUUUCCAGAGUAACGGAGCGACCUACCCUGGUGGAGUGGCCCAGUCCUUCGGAGGGGUGGGCAGGAACCUGGCGGAUGGACUCUCCCACCUUGGAGUCAAUGCUUUCUUUAUUUCUGCCAUUGGAAAAGAUUCACACAGAGCAGGAUUCAAAGCUUAUUGUCAUCACAUGAAUCUGGGAGGUGUGCUGGAAAUGGAGGGACACAGAACUGCUACCUACUGUGCUGUAUUGCAGAAAGGGGGACAACUCCUGUUUGGUAUCGGAGACAUGGAUAUUCACAGUCAAAUUACACCUGAAUAUAUUGAAAAAUUCCAGUCUGUCAUAGAAGGGGCCAAAAUGCUGUGUAUUGAUGGCAAUAUUACCCCAGAUGCAAUGCGCAGUGCUCUUCAGAUAGCACAAUCUAAAAAAGUACCAGUUUUCUUUGAGCCAACGGACAUGUACAAGGCAAAUAAACCCUUCCAAGUCAACGUGGGGAAAUUUGUUACUAUAACAACACCAAACCUCAAUGAGCUCAGAAGCAUGUACAAGUUUUUGACUGGAAAUCUGGAUUCUGAGCAUCAUGGAAGCUUUGAUGACCUCCCUUUGAACAGUCUGUUGAUGGAGUGUAUACUGAUGUGUAAAGUGGUGACCCUACACAUACCAACCGUGCUGGUCACUCUGGGGAAGCACGGCCUCGCCCUCUGUCAGAGACACCUGGCUGGCACCCCCAACAGGGGCAUCCCAAUCAAGGAUGGGAGUUAUCUGACUGUGGACCUGUAUCCGGUACCAAAGAGUAAGGAGCCGGCCAAGAUCAUCAGUGUGUCUGGAGCAGGUGACUGUUUGGCAUCAGCUGUUAUAUCUGGGUUCACCAGAGGUCAGGAUCUUGACCUUGGCAUCAAACAAGGCCUCGUGGCUGCCCAGUUAUCUCUGACCUCACACCAUGCUGUCCCUCCCUCCUUCUCCCAGAGGCAGAUUGAACUGACAGAGGAUUUAAUAAGAGAAAUGAAUUGUACAAGAAUUACAGACCCCUCUAUACAAUGAAGUCAAGCCAUCUCCUCUAAAAGAAAUUAGGUUAAUGCUGUAAGAAUCAGGCACGUAGCAUCAUUUUUGAAAGUGGGGGGGCCAGACCCAUCCAAAAAAUCGUGACAAGCAAAAAAAAAAAAUAGGGGGAAAU